UAAGUGCUUAUAAGAAAUCGAAACUGCUAAGGAAAUAUAUAUAUAUUUCGGUUUAGAAAUCUUAUUUACUUGAAAUAAGGCAUCUUUUAAAUUCAUGAAUAUUGACUCCAGUAGGUUUUACAUUGCUGUCGGCGACUAAUUGUCUUUUAAACGCAUGGAGCAUUGAGAGUCAUUUAGUCCUUAUGUUUAUCGUGAACGAGUAGAACACUUUGCUGAUGAGGGAAUAUCAUCUCGUUUUCUUGAUCAUUUCUACUACAAAAUUCCUGAUCCGAGAUCCGAGAAAAUCCUCCGCGUCCAUUUCAAAGGUCCCCGUACAGCAAAUUUCCGGCUACUAUUUUAGGGUUUCUAAUAAACCGUGGAAAUCUAUUUUAGGGGCAAAGCCUAAAAUUUUCACAAAUAUUUUUAAUUUACCAACGUUUGCUUUUGUUUUUCUACAAAAGGUGAAUAUGAUGUUAAAUAUCACAAAAUGAAACUUAAAGAAAGAAUUUAUUAUUUCAUCCAUUGGCAGCCGACCGACACAGGCAUAAUUUAUUGUCGGCAAGGAAUUGUCAGAUUUUCGCACAGAGAGACGAAAACUGAUUUGUAAAGACAGCGCGUGUACAUUAAUGAUUAAAGUACACCUGAGAUCAACACGAAAAGCCAUUAAUUAAAGAUACACCAUUUUUUCUACAGAAUAUUAUUUUUCCUCUUUAGCAUAUUUAUAGCAGAUUGAGGGAUGAGGGACAAUGCUUUCUAUUUCAUUACGAUUUUGGAACGGAACAAAUAAAAUAUCGCGUUUUAGAAGUGAGAGGAAAUAAUUUGGCGUGCGCCUUAGCAAAAGGAAAUUGUGCCACCAACCACAGAAUGCCUAAUUUCUAGUCUUGUUUCGCAUGAAAUAAAAACAUUAAGAAAGGUUAUUAGUGAAGAGAUCAAAGUGCUUGUUUAUUAACUUCGGAGAGCUUUGAUCGCUCUUCGCUAAAAAGUGGGCUCUAAAAGACAAUAAUAACCCAAAUUCAAUGUUCCAAUAUAGAUGCGACACAUGUCCGAUAGCCGGUGUUAUCAAUGGAAAAUCGCAAUUUUAGCAGAAACAGAUUACACUGCGAUACGAAAAAGUAAAUAUGUCAAAUGGUCCCACCAACCGUCACUAAAAACACUUCAGAUGGGUAAAGUAAACUUCACUCUUCCAAUUCACCUGCCGUCCACAAACGCUCGUAUGCCAACAUAUUACUGUUUUGAGAAACGCCAAAUAAAUAACGCACGUUCCUGCUUAAGACGUUUUAAAAUACGACGCUAGUGCAAUUCCACAGUUCAACAUUUCAUCAUAGGGGAAACGACUUACCAAAUAACCAAAAUCACACUAAAAUUACAUUGGCAACGGAGAUUUUUAAAUUGUUUUUUUUUCACUGCGGAUAAGCCGAUCAAGAUAAUCGACACUAUCGAUAAUGGUGAGAAGGGAAGACUAUUUUUUUAUGUAAUGAAGGACAGUUUUAUUACUUUGAAAAAAACCCUUAAACAAUGAUUCUUCACUCAUAACUAGACGAGAGCACCGGAGGUAAUAAUAAUAACCAAUUAUCUUAAGGGAUGACGCCCCAGGGUGCAUCGAGAGAGAAAAAGACAGCUUUCUUAGUUGUGUGUUCAAACUGAGCAAUAUCCGCCAGACAUGGAUGGUGGAAGCGUGGCGCUCGUCGUUUUAUUCGCCAUUAUUGGUGCGCUCGGGAUAGUCUUUAACUCUGUGGUGAUAGAAGUGAUCAGACACAACAGCAUGUUACACACUCCCAUGAAUUACCUCCUCAUGAAUCUCGCUAUCAGUGAUAUCAUCAUCGCGGUCUUUAUCCUCCCCAGACAUGUGUUCUUAGGGUUGUUCACGCACCCGACUGGUCUAGUCGGAGACUUUCUCUGCAAGUUCGUCACUGGCGGGGGGAUAAUCUGGAUCGGUGCCACCGCUGAAGGUUACACUCUGAUUACGAUCGCGUGUGAGCGCUUUUUCGCCAUCGUGCGGCCACAUGACGCCCGGGCGCGUAUUACCACCCGGAAACUUCGCUGGAUUGUGCCGCUAUGCUGGGCAGUGAACACUGCAGUCAAUCUGCCAAGUCUAUCGUCUCUUGCGUACAACCAGGAACUAGACUUUUGCCAGGAAUCCUGGCCAAACUGGGUCAACCCUACGGCUUACGUUGGGUUUGUGUUCGUGGUUGGCGUCAGCUCCGUGAUUGUGUACGCCUCGCCUGGGGCUAUCUACGGAUCGCUCGUGUACAACAUCACCGUACUGUUCAUUUUGAUCAAUUCCUCGUUGCAUCCGUUCCUGCUAUGCUGGCACAUGCGCACUUUCCGUCAAGGAUUGUGGAAGGUCUUGGGCUGUGGGGGUGCCGCUGUUGGUCCAUUGCAUAUGGGCGACAGCGUCGCGCCCACAAACACCUAUAAUACGCAAGCUGCGGGCGAAUUAGCUAUUGCGAACUCUGGAUAUGUGGCGAGACCGUGCUCACGGCACUCGAGAGCUUAAAGUGAUUCACUCAGCCUCCCCUGCAGUUUUGUUUUCCUUUUUUGUUAUUUACGGAUAAAACUACAAGAUAUAUAUCCAAAAGCAUAUCCAAGAGCAUUUUAAGCGUACCAAAUUCAGUCCUGAAAAAUGAAGAUAGGUAAUGUAAUGUAGGUAGCACUAUAUCUGCCAGUAUUACAAAAUGGCGGCGGACAGCUGUGCGUCAAUAUGACUCAAGAAAAGCACUUAGGACACAUAGCUAAGGCUAAAAGGUAUCAUUGAUUAAUUGCAACUAGUGUUUUGCCAACAAGACGAAUAUUUAGGAAUAUUCUCUAUGUUGAAAUUGGAUACAGAAUAGAUAAAUGGAGGGGCGGGGCGUCGGUAAUAAAUCUCACCUGUCUCUA